ACCUGUGGUCCACUGUGUACAGUGUUUACAGCAGUGCGUUGAGCGAGCUCAGGGAUUUUUCUGCAGCGUAUUGGCAGAGAGCAGCUAAGGUGGACCCUUCAGACAUCGAUGUGGGGGGAACUGUUGAUGAGGUUCUUCAGGCGAUUACAGACCAACUUGCCUUAUCAAGAGGUCAUCAAAGUUCAGAGGAACCACAGCUGACAUGUGACCUAAUUAGGUCCAUGUUGGGCAAUAAAGUCAUGGACAAACAUCCUUUACGUCCAGACAGAUCUCGUCCCGUCAUGUCACCUGAACACACUGUCUCACUUCCUGGGACCCCGACUCCUUCUGAGUCAUCUAAGGGUGAAGGUAAGGAAUCACACCUUCAAGGACCAUCUGUAAGGAUUACAGAUGAACAAGAGCGACCAAAGAGCAGAGAGAGGGUUUCCAUGGCCACUUUAGUGGACAUCAUGAUGACCUCCUUGGGUUUACAGGGCUCAGGUCAUUAUAUGUCUCUUGCUGAGUUAUCUGCAGCGGCCAAAAGAGUGGAUGACCUGAUUUUGACCAGAGCCGUUCAGGAGUUCGCAGACAAGUUGCAGAUCAUACUAAAGGACAGACUGAUCUCCCUGAAUGUCUCAGACUCUGUUGUUGGUGUGAGAAAACUGCAGAACCACACUGACCCUCAGCGCCACUUUACUUCUGAAUUUCUUGGAGAAUUUGCAGACGAGUCAGUAAAACGUGUGCUCAUGUCCUGCAUUGCCCCUCGACCAGCUUCUGCCUCAGCUGAAGAUAUUCCAAGCCUGGUGAUGCCCUUCAGAGUCACUCCUGAGAGUUUUGAGGUCUCAAGACCCCCAUCUGACGUGUUUGCUGACACGAUAGAUCUGUUCUCCAGAGAGAUUGUGAACACUGUAAUGGACAAUGUGUUAGCUGAUGUGUGGGAUGCUGCCUCAAAUGCUGAAGAAACACCUGAAAUGAACAGCUCUGGAAAACUCAGUACAUCUCACAAGGUGCCUGAAACAGAGGGGAAGAAGAACCUAAGCUUGAAGAAGUCCAAGAGCAUGUUCUUCAAACUCAAGAUGCCAAAAAUUUACAUCUUCAAAAAGAAAUCCAAAAAGGACAAUAACGCUGGAUCUUCAGAUCAGGACCGUCUGCAGAGUCGUCGCACUGCUGAUAUGAGUGGAGCCGACAGUGCGACUUCCAAAAAGGAGAAGCCUUGGAGAACUUCCAUCUUCACCAGGAUGUUCUCCUACUUUAGGAAAUAAGCCGCCUCAUCCCUCUUUAAGUUUCU